AUGGGUCAGAUGGGCGGAUGGGCGGAUGGGCGCAAGUAUUGGGCCUCGCUGAUUCAGACGUCGCGCAACUUGGCUCGGAUAAUCUGGGUGCAUUUCGGUGAGCGAGAUGGAGAAGAGGGAAAAGUGGAUCUUCUGAGGAAGCGCUCCGCCAUGAAUCUUAUUCUCGCGUUUGCCGUCGCCUUGAAACACAGGCUUCGCUUCGAGCCUGAUGUUGCAUAA